CACGCCUGCAUACUAUAUAGUAGCUUCAAUUGACAACCAUAUUACAGUAACCAUGGGCAAGGUUCUUUUGACUGGAGGCAGUGGCUUCAUUGCUGCUCACAUCAUUGACAUCCUGCUCGCACAUGGGCUUUGACACCGUAGUCACAGUCAGGUCUGAGGAGAAGGGCCAGAGAAUACUCAAUGCCCAUCCCGACACAUCAAAGGAAAAGCUUUCCUAUGUUAUUGUCAAGGAUGUCGCCGCAGAAGGGGCAUUCGAUGAGGCUGUCAAAUCCGAUCCGCCCUUCGACUAUGUCCUGCAUACCGCAUCUCCCUUUCACCACAAUGUUCAGGAUCCAGUGAAGGACUUCCUGGACCCAGCCAUCAAGGGAACCACCGGCAUUCUCAAGGCAAUCAAGGCCUAUGCUCCAACAGUGAAGAGAGUCGCGAUUACAUCCUCUUUCGCUUCAAUCAUCAAUGUCAAGGAGCACCCCAAAGUUUAUAGUGAGGAGAAUUGGAACCCAGUGACUUGGGAGGAAGCCCUGGAUCCCUCUCAAACCUACCGUGCGAGCAAGACAUUCGCAGAGAAAGCCGCAUGGGACUUUGUCGAGAAGGAGAAGCCGAAUUUCGAUAUCGCAACUAUCAACCCGCCUCUUGUGUUUGGGCCUGUCGUGCACUACCUGAACUCUUUGGAUUCCAUCAACACUUCGAACCAGCGAAUCAGUAAUUUGAUUCAGGGGAAAUUCAAGGACGGCCUUCCCCCGACCGUCACAUAUCUGUGGGUGGAUGUUCGCGACGUUGCACUCGCACAUGUUAGGACUAUAGAGGUCCCAGAAGCUGGUGGCCAGCGUUUCUUCGUCACUGCCGGCACAUACUCGAACAAAGAUCUUGCGGAUAUGGUCCGGGAAUCAUUCCCCGAGCUUGAAGACAAACUCCCUCCGAAGGACUCCCCGAGCGAUAUUCCGUCAGAUGUUUAUGGCUAUGAGAAUAAGAAAUCCAUUGAGAUUUUGGGUAUCCAGUACCGAACACUGAAACAGUCGGUUGCUGAUACCGCCAGAUCAUUGUUGGCCAUUGGCGCAUGAGAGGUAUCAUGACGCAACGUAUGUACUUAGAGCAGAUAGGCCAGAUGAGCGAAAAACAUAUUUAAAAGACAUUGAACACCACC